CAACCCCCCCUCCCCGCCGUCCCGCCAUGGCGGAGCGGGUCGCCGCCACGCCGCCGCGACCACCUCCACCUGGGCCCGAGCCGACCACCACCACCACCCCCACCGACACCACCGACGGCAGGCCCUCCCUCCCACCGGCUGCCCCGGCCAACCCGAAUCCCCCGCCCCGCCCCACCGAGACCUACGUCGUCCAAGUCCCCAAGGAGCAAAUCUACCGCGUGCCGCCUCCGGAGAAUGCCAAGAUCGUCGAGCAGUACCGCAACAACCACAUCGACCGCCGCCAGCGGCGGCCCAUCGUCCCGUGUCUUAAGUGGGCCAUCGGCAUCGCCCUCGUCCUUGGCAUCCUCGCCGCCAUCAUCGCCAUUAUCUACCUCUUGGUCGUGCGACCUGCGGACCCCUCCUUCUCCGUCAUCCGACUGGUGCUGAAGAAUCCAAAUCCUCGAGCCGGCUCCCUCAUCCCGAAGCCCGAGUACGAUCUCACGAUGAGGGUCGAGAACCCGAGCUUGCGCAUGGGGUACUCCUACGGGGCUGGCGGGAAGGCCAUCCUUGCCCACCAGGGUGCAAACAUCGCAGUGGGAAAGACGCAGGCCUUAGAUCAAGGGUACGAGAACACAACCACCUUCCAUCUUGUCCUCCAGGGAUCGCACAUUGUGCUACCAAAACAGAUCCAAAGUAGUCUACAAGGGUCGAAGGACGUCAUCCCCAUGUCCUUGAUGAUUGAAUUCUCGGUGGGGAAGACGAUUGGCGGGAUGGUUAUGGGAAGCAAAAGCAUGGAUGUAGCGUGUGACAUUGAGGUCAGUGGACUGGCGAAGGAGGCCCGUGUCGUGUCGCAGGAGUGCGAGACCAAGUUCACCUGACGAGGGUGGUAGUGGAAAGCUCGAACAGUGGAAGAAGAUCUUCUCGAUCUCCUUAUGUCUUUUGUCUAAUUCGUUCUUUUAAGUGCCGCUGCUGCUGCUUGUUCUUCCUCCUCCUCCUAACUCUUUUAGGGCUGUACCAAUUCAAAGAAUUAUGAGUUUGAUAAAAAUGUACACGGGAUAGAGAUAAUUGAAUAAGUGGGUUACUCUCCGUCAACGAUAUCUACUAUUGAAAUAAUAAACUCUUCAAACUAUUCUGAGAAA